GAGGCGAUGUGGGUGGUCCGCUUUUCAGUCAAACAGUAAUGUGUUCAGGAAAUAACCAUGUGAAGUGUAAUGCUCCCAAGGAACGAUUGAUGGACACCUAAUGUUUCUAUGGAGCUCAAACAAGUGGAAUUGAUGAUGAUGACUACGACUCUCCUAAUAAAGAGUUCGUUUAUAACUAAUAUGAGGAAUCUGACCCGACUGAGGAUUAUUCUUUGGAAGGGCUAUGGGGAAUGCUCCACCACAUGUGUUAGUAGGAGUAUUGGUGCUUAUUACAGCUGUCAUUUUUCAAACAGCUGCCUCUGCCAUUACUCCUAACAAUAACACACUCACUGAUGUAUCAGAGACUGAAAUCACUACUGAGAGCCAAGGAAAAGGAAAUUCUAAAGAUGGAGUUUCAGAAACAGAUUCUUUGAUACGAAGUAGUGAAGCCAAGGUAAAUGUGCAGCCAACGGAUACCCCAGAUGAUACAUUUGUUGUGAAUGAGUGGGCUUCUGUUGACCCUUUUUCAUUCUCACCUGAAGGAGCCUUUCCAGCAAGCUUUAAUGACAGUCAGAAUGUUGAUCCUUGUAGACAAACAGCUCGUUGUGAACCACUGGAAGAAACGACCUGUCUUGGAGUGCGUCUACCCUAUAGACACACCUCCUUAGAUCUGACAGGGCUUCCAAGCCAACAGGUUGCUAGGGAACACUUGGAGUUUUGGUCUCGCCUGCGCAAUAUCCCAAGAUGUUGGGCUGUGGUCCAACCUCUCCUUUGUGCUGUAUUUUUCCCCCGGUGUGACAGAUCAUCAGUGCAAUUGCCUUCUCAGAAGAUGUGCGUAAUCACAAGAGGUCCUUGCCGGCUUGUGGAAGAAGAUUGGCCCCCCUAUUUAAGGUGCAAGGAAGAUUUUCCGCAUAAGUGUAAGAACAGCGCAAGGGAACUCAAGUUCAACACGACUGGCCACUGUGUUCCACCACUCGUUGCUACAGAAGAGGAAUCUUCUUGGUAUGAGGGAGUUAAAGGAUGCGGCAUACAGUGUGCAAACCCAAUCUUCACUCCACAGGAGCAUGAGGAUCUGCACCAGUUUGUUGCCACAAUUGGGGGGAUAUGUCUCGGCUGUGCUGCUCUGACAGUGCUGACGUAUUUGAUAGACUGGCGUGCAGCAAACAAAUAUCCCGUGCUAAUCAUCUUCUACAUCAAUGGGUGUUUCUUGAUAGCCAGCAUAGGCUUCAUGGUCCAAUUCCACCCUGGGGUACGUCAGGACCUGACUUGCCGUACAGAUGGCACUCUUCGACAAGCUGAGCCCAGUUCAGGUGGAAACCUAUCAUGUGUGGUUGUGUUUGUCUGCAUUUAUUACUUCAUGGUGGCAGGGGGAAUGUGGCUGAUUAUAUUGGCAUAUUCCUUGCACACUAGCUUCAAGUCUUAUGCAGCUGGUCUCUGUGGUGAAGAACUGGAGCGUCGUGCAGCAUACUUCCACCUCAUAGCCUGGUCUCUGCCUCUAGUCUUGACCAUCACCAUCAUGGCCCUGGCAGAGGUUGAGGCAGACUCCCUCGCAGGCAUCUGCUUCCUCUCCUCAGCCAUUCACAUUCGAAUAGGGUUCCUUCUGCUGCCUGUCAUUCUCAUCGUGAUCAUUGGAGGAUUCUUCUUGGGGAGAGGAAUGAUGAAGCUUAUAUAUCUGAAAAUGGAGUGCUGUACCAUUAUUAGUGACAAUGCCAACAGCAAGAUUGUGGAAACCAUCAUUAGACUAGCUAUUAUCACCAUUACACUUGUCACCUUCACUGCCAUCACUGUAUACUGCCACAUCUAUCAGUACAAGAAUCAGCACCUAUGGGAUGAUGCACUAAGAGAUUACAUCAUGUGUGUCUCCAACAUCACAGCAGAUGUUCAGGACAGCAGUAGAACCCCUUGUAAACUAGCUGAACGUCCUAGCAUCAAUCUGUACAAGCUCCACUUAUUAGCUCUCUUUGGGGCAGGGAUUAUCAUGUCUUCAUGGUGCUGGACACCCAACACCAUACAGGCAUGGAAACGUUUUUUCAGAAGAGUGGCAGGAGUACCGAGUGAAGAGCCUCUGCGCUUAGCAAAGCACAAGGUUAUAGCUCAAGCUUUUGCCAAACGCCAUGACUUAAAUAACAUGGGAAGGCUAUCCAUCAGUCUACACUCCAUGCAUGACGAUCCUAUAGGAUUGAACUUUGAAAUGAACAGCAUGACCUCGGGUGACCUUUCCUCUGCUUGGGCUCAUGCUAUUCCUCACCUCAUGACACGCCGAGGUGCACUGGUUGGCUCAACUGCUCUUGGUCUUCGCAGGAAUUCUGUUGAUUCGGAAUAUAGUGUCAGUCGAAGGUUCUCUCUUGAGUCAGGCUGCAACAAUCGCAGUUCUCGUCGACACUCACUAGACUCACAGAUGUCAUUCCACGUAUCUGAUGCUGAAAGGCUGGCAGCACUCCAUACUGCUGCCCGCUUUGGCCGCCGCAAGAGGCGGGACUGGUUCAGCCUGAAAAGGGGUCGUCGGAUGAAUGCGUGGGACAGGAGGGGAUCCAACACUUCAGAUGACAGCAACCUUGGUUCUAUGAUUUUGCCAGCUGUCACCAUGAACCAGGACACCCUCUUCACCAACAUGAUGAAGCGUCUGAAUCUGAGCUCAGAUGACCCAACCCGUUCCGAGAGAAUAGUUCCCUCUGCUCCUCCAGCCAAGUCUGUCAACCUGAAUGUGGUCCCUCUGCCAGGCCAGGCUCCCCUUGAGUCUGAGGAUGAUGUGGGAGCAGAGAACCAUGCCUAUGCUGACAAUGAUUCUAUUACACACACUGUACUCAACAAUGUUCUCAAGAGUGUUGAGCUGAAGAGGCAGGAGGAAAACUAUACAAGAGCAGCCACAGCACUUGAGGAGGGGCUGCUGAGCUCAGCCCAGGGGAGGGUCUGCAGCAGGAGGGGGUUCACGACAGAAAGUAGGGAGGCAAGAGGGGUCAGUAUUGGAGUCCAGGCAUCACUCAUUGGUAGUCCAGUUGUUAUAAUGGUAGACAAGGGAGUCCAAGUCUCUUCUCCCCUCCUUAGCCGGGGGAGUCAGGCAUCACAGACUCAUGACCGGGAACUAAGCCCAACCCAUGCCUACAAACUACAGGACUCUAGUAAGAAAACCAUAGGCGAAACAAGCUUCAUGAUCCAGAGGAAACUUCAAAACAAUGAGCGACCAGGAACUCCUGUCACCAAGCUGCCCAAGAAGCUGAAUGUCAGCAACGAUAAAUCUGCAACAAAUAAGAAUAUAAAUAGCAGUCAUGGGUCUCACAAACGCAGUGCGAGUGCCAGGUCAGGGAACAUAAGUGGCAAGAGCAGAAGAAGUAGAGGUGAGAGUGCUGAUGUCAUGACCGUUUUAGAUAUGGAUGAGGACAGUGAUUAAAAAGUAAUCCUAUUUAUAUUCUUUGAUAUUUCACAAUAUUUGUUACCCAUAGCGAUAUGGUAUAAUAUUGUGCAGACAAUAUGAGAAACAUUUUGACUCUUCAAAGAACUUCACAAAAAGAAGUGUGUAUGUGUGUGUGUGUGUGUGUGUGUACAUAUAUAUAUAUAUAUAUAUAUAUAUAUAUAUAUAUAUAUAUAUAUAUAUAUAUAUAUAUAUAUAUAUAUAUAUAUACAUAUACACAUAAACAUAUUACUUAACAUAAAUAUUAACUUGUCUAAGCUCUCACAAUAAUCUCACUCAGUGGAUUGGGGUAGUGAUUUUGUGCCAAAUAUGAAAAAAAGCACCAAGAGUCUGCUGGUUUUCAAUCACUUCCUGCAUAUGAAAGAGGGCUAUUGGAGAUCUAAGGGAAGCAACUCCAAUUUUCCAAUUUCUGUCAAAAAAUACUCAUCCUCAUACUUUUCACUCCACUUUUUCUUGAGAUACUCAUACCAUUCAUGUCAUCAUUGCCAGUCACACCCUUUUCAGCCUUUCCUUUCCUGCAUGUGGUUACUGGGUCCAGUUGAUUGCCACAGUCAAGAUACAAAUACCGGUUUAAUCCAUGGCUUUUAGCUUUCUUUUUUCACUUUGUAACUAAUAUUUAUUGUGAUUUAUAGUGAUCAGUUUUACUCUAUGAUGUUUGUUUCUAGCUGGUAUGUAAGAAUACAAGGAACUUGCAGGUAUUUGGAAUGGGGUGAAAGCAAUACACUUUGAUGAGCAUUUCAUUAUGUGAAAUCAAAAAAAAUUUCCUGUGAUUGUAUCAUGUAAUGAAGAUCAUAAAGCAAAGUGUUUCUCUAUCAUUUUAAGUGAAUUAUUACAUACGCAAUGCAAAGACUUUCAGCUGCUCUAGGUAAUGAUGAGCAAAAUCCAUUACAAUGUAUAAUUUUGGAUGACCUAUAUCCUAUGCUCUAGUUGUUUUAUGCAUUUAGUAUAUAUGGUAAUGAUAAUUAUUUUUGUAGCUGUGGAUUUUAUAUUUACUGUGGACUGAUUUUUUUUUCCAGAAAUUUUAUUUUACUGGUUUCUUGUAAAAUAAGAAAUGCUUGAAGAUGUUGUCCGUACAUGUUUAAUUUUUAUUAGCUAGCUUACUUGCAUUUAGAUAUACAUUGCAUUUCUUAUCUAGUAUAUCAAGUAAGGUUCAUUGUGAAGCUUUGUAUAAGUGUGUAAGAAUCAGUAUGCAUGUAGGCUAUGCUUGUGUAUAUGUAUUGUAAGUUUGAAUUUAAUAUGUAACAUGUGGAGAGAAGUGGUAUUUACAUGUAACAUGUAGAAGGAAAUGGUAUUUCUGAAUAAUACUGUAUUUAAAAUAGUAUUGUGAUACAUUGGUUAUGUGGUGUCAAGUAGGCACAUUUAUUAUUGAUGAAAGGUUACAAGUACAGUAUAAAGGUAUCUGUAAAACUCUGUAUGUGAUUAAAAAACAGGUACAUUUUGGUUGAAGAUUUUUUUAUUACAGCUGAAAAGAUAUAGAAAUGUUUCAUGUAUUUGUUUAUUAUACAGAUACAGUUUUUUAGUACAAUGUUUUUUAGAUUAAAAAAAAAAUGGAUCCCUUUAGUGCCAAAGCAAGUAAUAACUGUACUUUUUUUUACAAAAAAAAACUUGGGAUACCAUAAACAAAAAAAAAUUGUGUGUGCUUGUUUUCAUAGUAAACAGAUUACAUUGAAAUAUUUAGGCAUAUUGCAGAAAUUUGUGUAGCUACUCUGACAAUCAAGAAAAAACCCAUUGAGGUAUUGUGGAGACUAUAUUUAAUUAUGAGUAGGUUAUCAAUGACAAUCAAGAAAAAAAACAUUGUGGUAUUGUGGAGAUUAUAUUUAAUUAUGAGUAGGUUAUCAAUGAUUAAUGGUUAAUAGUUAAAACAAAUAAAUGUGCUAGACAUUAACACUAGGGUAAAGUAUAGUAGCGAAAAGGGUUAGGAAUGAGUUGAUGAUUAGGGACGAACAGUACUAGAGGGUAGUAUGGUAGUGAAAGGGUAAAGGGGAGGAGCUGAUGGGGUAAAGUAUAAGUUAAAUGUUAGAAGGAGUUAGAGUACUGCAGUUAGAUCAAAUGCAGGAUUUUCAUGAGGAGGAGAAUGAGUUGUCAAAGGAGAAAGUAGGGGAUUCCGAGAGGAUGUGGGUAGGGAUGUGAGAACUAGUGAGGAAAAGCAGAGGUACGGGUUUCUGUAGAGUGGGGUAGGUUAUCAGUUGUACUUAAUAAAUUAGGUAUUUAUUGUACUGCUAAUGGUAUCAUUGUUUUUAUGGCAGUACUCUAUUGGAAGCCUUAAAUGGUUAAUUGAGUGUAAAAUUGAGAUUAAUUGAAAUAAUCUUUCUUAGGUUAAAUAUUGAUACUCUAAAUUAAUUUGGUUUACUUUCAUUAGUUGUAAGGUGAUGUUAGUGGGUAUGUACCUGAGACACUGGUGAUUUUGUGAAUACUGUUGAAAAGUGGCCAAAAAGUAUCAUACUUUAUUUUUCAGUGAGAAACCAUUUGUAAUACAAGUUGAUGUACUCAUUUCAUUGUUAAUGUGGUAUGUAAUUUUUAUAUAUGUAAUCUCUUUUUGCCAAAAAUAUAUAUUUUACCAAUUGAAA